UCACUGCCAAAGUUUCCUUUUACCUUAAUUUUCCCAGAAACUCACAAAAUUAGGGUUGAUCGAUCAAGCGACUCUGCCUUGUCCUCCAAGUUCUCAAUUGUAAUUAAUCACCUCACCUCACCUCACCUCACCUCCGCACUCUACCAUUCUCAGAUUGCAAAUAGAAAUCAAUGGUUUCCUCUAUUUCAUGAUCGAUUCUGAGAAAUUCCAUGGCUCUCCCUCUCGGCAAGCUUACUAUCCUCGUUGGUGCUGGCAUUGUUGGGUCAGUACUUGCUAAGGAAGGACGAUUGCCAACUGUCUCUGAUUUUUUCUCCGGCGCAUUUAAGAUUGCAUUGAGGCAAAUUCGACAAGAUAAUUCAACCAGUUCAACUCCAAAGCCACGCAAUGAUUCCUUGCUGCAGCAGGUUAAUAGCUUACGGCAGGAGCUGCAACUUUUGGCUUCAAAUAGAUCUGUUACAAUUGUGACAUCAAGUGGAUCAGGUUCUAGCAGAUAUACUAUAAUCAUUGUUGUUGUAGUGAUGGGGUAUGGUUAUAUUUGGUGGAAGGGUUGGAAGCUUCCUGAAUUAAUGUUUGCGACCAGGCGGAGCUUAUCUGAUGCAUGUGGUAGUGUGUCCAAACAGCUUGAGAGUGUAUAUACAUCUAUUUCUUCCACUAAGCGUCAUUUAACUUCACGAAUUGACCGCGUGGAUACUAAAAUUGAUGAUUGUGUGGAUAAUACUGCUGCAACGAGAGACGAGGUUUCUGAAAUUCGAGGAAAAGUGAGAACAUUUGGUGAGGAUGUCCAGUCAGUUCAUCUUGUUGUCCAAUCACUGGAGACAAAAAUUAGUAGAAUUGAAGGGAGACAGAAUGAAACGAACUAUGGUGUGGGAAAGUUGGUUGCUUUUGUGAGGAGCAUUGAAACUAGUAGAGCCAAGGAGCAGAUUGAGGCACCUCCAUCUAGCUCAUCUAGACCUGCCCUUGAAUUACCAUCAGUAGCUUCCUCAGCACGGGCUGGGUCUUUGCCUCCAAAUUUAUCAGUCGAACCAUCAUCUCCAUCUGCUUCUAGUGUAUCUCCGAAGCGUCCUUUGCAUGGUGCUGUAUCUGCCUCAGGCCUCAAGGAGCUUGGAGGUAUAUCAGAUGUAGUCGAAGUGUCAAGUGAAAGCAGUCCUCAGGUUUCCAAUACUGUUUUCGCCUCAGAACAGAGGAGCAAUGAGAACUCUGGUUUUGGUAGUGUGUAUGGGCGUAAGUUUCCAGGAAUUGGUGCUUCUUUUCUCACAAGAAGCCGCAGUGCUAUGCAGAGUUUUAAGUGAGGUGGUCAUCAAUCCUUAAAAUAAUUGAACAUUUCUAUGGUAUAUAUUCAAGGUUAGUGUUGCUAGCUGAGCAUCUAUCUUGGCUCAGGGAGUAUUUUGCCAUUUUUUGAUGGCUGAAUUUUGUAGAGCCAAUAUUACUGAGGUAUUUAGGAUACAUGUGUAAGUUCAGGCUAGAAAUUGUCUACAUAGCUUUAGAUAAGCUGAAGAAAAGAAAAAAAGGAAAUUGGAUAAGGGGAUCUUCAUGUCAAUUUAUGUCCUGUACUUCAUAAAAAAAAAUAUCUGCUGUUUUCUGCAUUUUCAUUGUCUGCAGCUUGUCGUACUUAGGUCUUGCUUUCUAUCUGUUGGGUUGAAUUGUUGCCUGGGCCCUGUAGUACUUAGACCUGGAGCAGUUCUCUGUUUCGAUGAUUCCGACCAAUGGAUAAUCCAGGAAUGAGUGCCGUUGUCUGUUGGGGGCAUUUAUGUUACAAAUGAUACUCAAAUAUGUUGCAGCGGAGAUGAUGUUCUGAAUCCAUAAUUGGUUGUCAUAGGCUGCCCCGCUGCUCAUGACUGGUAGAAAUGUAAGCAUACGCUCAUGCAGGGUGAACCUUAAGCAUGGAUUAUAGUUGAUUGGUAAAUUGGUAAUAAUUGUUCACAGAAACUCUCCUUCCUA